AUGCUCAACAAGACGAUUGCUGCUGGAGCCAGCAAGCCUGUUGGUCUUGUGCCAGUGACGAGCAAUGACAUCCAUCAGUUGAAGACGUCGCUCGCGGCAGGGCUAGAUAGCUUGACGGUUCUUUUCAAUGCUCAACAGCAGGACAAUUUUGUCCAUCUCGGGGAUUCUGUCAAAAGUCCUUCCAUCUUUCGCACUCCCACCCCAUCUGAGCCUUCGCCAUCCCCUCCCUCUCUCCCACUUCCAAAUGUCUCUAUUCCUGAUUUGGGCCAUGGACAUGGUGCCUGGCGUCAUGCUCUUUCCCAGUGGAUGGAAGUCGAUCCAGUAACUGGGUAUGCGUUGAAGGACUGGCCCCCUGAUUGGUAUACAGGGUCUAUGUGGACAGUCAUGGUGAUGGUUUACAAAGAAUAUGAAAGGCUUGAAUUGGACAAGGUGCGCUUCAUUCAAGAGUACCCUGAGGCUGACAAGAGUCUGACCAAUCUGGUCAAUCUUAUCAGAAGACAGAACAAGAAGACUUGGACAAGCAAGAAUGGCUCACCAGAGCAAUGGGAUUCACCAUCCCUCAUCAACUAA